UCUGCAGAUCAGACCAUGUGAGGGGGGUUGGUGUACAAAAGCUCUGCAACAUGCUGAUCCCUGCACUGUUGCCUCUGAGAUCUCAAUAAGCAGGUGGUGGAGUGGAUAGCAAACCCCUAGCCUGGAAGACUUUGAUACCUGCCUCCAAGCACAGGAGCUACACAGGCCUGGCAUCUGAAGACUUGAGAGCCCCUUCCAAGAAACAAAGGUUAUAGUUAGUCACCAAAGUGCCAAUGGGAAUCAGCCAAGACUCUACCUAAUCAAGAGGAUGGACAGAAAACCGACCUGCAUUGAGAGCCCAUCCCUUGGUUCUGAAAAGGAGCCUCUGACCUGCAGGGCUCGGUCAGAGUGUAAAAAGGAUGGACAGCUACUGAGGAACUGCAAACCCUCAUUGCGUCUCUCUGAAGAACUCAACAAGGUGCAUCCCAGUCCAGGAGAAAGAGGAGAACCAGGACAUAUAUCCAACAAAUACUUGGCUGUGCAGAGUCCCGAGGCACCUUGCAAUGGCAUGAGAAAUGGUGGCGAUGAAGGCUCAACCCCUACGCUUACUGUCCUUCCAGCUUGUAGAGCUGAGAUACAACAUCUGCAAACGGAGAUCGGAGAGAGAGAGACAUGGAGUAAAAAAAUUGACUUUCUUCUAUCUGUUAUUGGAUAUGCUGUAGACCUGGGAAACGUGUGGAGAUUUCCUUAUGUCUGUUACCAGAAUGGAGGAGGGGCAUUUCUUAUCCCAUAUGUGAUCAUGGCUGUUUUUGGUGGGAUCCCAUUGUUUUAUAUGGAGCUGGCCAUGGGUCAGUAUCACAGGAAUGGUUGUAUUUCUAUAUGGAGAAAAAUCUGCCCCUUAUUUAAAGGAAUUGGCUAUGCUAUCUGCAUGAUAGCUCUUUAUGUAGCAUUUUAUUACAAUACCAUUAUGGCCUGGGCCCUCUACUACCUCAUAUUCUCCUUCCGCUCUGAGCUGCCCUGGACCAGCUGCCUCAAUGAGUGGAACACAGGCAACUGCACCAACUACUUCCAAAACAGCAGUGUUGGCUGGUCUAACAGCUCCAUCUCCCCAGCAGAGGAAUUUUACACCCGGCUAGUGCUUCAGAUACACAAGUCAAAAGGUCUGCAUGAUCUUGGGGGAAUAAGCUGGCAGCUCACUCUCUGUCUGCUCCUCAUAUUUACUGUGGUCUACUUCAGCAUAUGGAAAGGAGUUAAAACAUCUGGCAAGGUGGUAUGGGUUACUGCUACAUUUCCUUACAUUGUGCUUGCCCUCCUGUUAAUACGAGGCGCUACGCUUCCUGGUGCCUGGAGGGGGGUUCUUUUCUACCUGCAGCCUGACUGGGAGAAGCUUCUAACUACUGCGGUCUGGGUGGAUGCUGCUGCACAGAUAUUUUUCUCUCUUGGCCCAGGAUUCGGAGUAUUACUGGCAUUCGCCAGCUACAAUAAAUUCCACAACAAUUGUUAUCAGGAUGCUCUGAUUACCAGCACAGUGAACUGUAUGACAAGUUUCAUGUCCGGGUUGGUCAUAUUCACUGUCUUGGGCUACAUGGCAGAAAUGAGGAAUUUGGAUGUCUCAGAAGUGGCCAAAGAUACAGGUCCCUCCCUAUUGUUUAUCACCUAUGCUGAGGCCAUUGCAAAUAUGCCAGCAUCUACCUUCUUUGCCAUUAUAUUCUUUCUGAUGCUAAUCACUUUGGGGCUGGACAGCACAUUUGCAGGGCUGGAGGGGGUCAUAACCGCCGUGCUGGAUGAGUUCCCACAUAUAUGGGGAAAGCGCCGAGAGCUGUUCGUCUUCCUUCUGAUCUCGGUCUGCUUCCUCGGGGCCCUUUCCACACUAACAUUUGGUGGUGCCUACAUGGUGAAGCUGUUUGAGGAAUAUGCCACUGGUCCCGCCGUACUGACAGUAGUAUUUUUGGAGGCCAUUGCUGUGUCUUGGUUCUACGGAAUCAAUCAGUUCUGCAGAGAUGUCAGGGAGAUGCUUGGCUUCUCUCCUGGAUGGUUCUGGAAGAUCUGCUGGGUGGCAAUCUGCCCCCUUUUCCUCCUGUUCAUUAUUUGCAGCUUCAUGUCCAGCCCCCCAGAUCUACGGCUGUUUAACUACCAGUAUCCCAGCUGGACUGUAGUGCUAGGUUAUUGCAUUGGGACAUCCUCUUUCAUCUGCGUUCCGGCAUACAUGGUGUACCUUCUCACAAGCACUCCUGGCUCGAUAAAAGAGCGCUUUUUGAAGAGUAUUACCCCAGAGGUCUCGAGAGAAAUCCCCCUCGGUGGUAUCCACAUGAACGCCGUUUAAUCUGAAGGAAGCACCUUUAUGAAUCCACUUUGCAAACUCUACAUACUCCAUUCUGUGCCUAAGGGAAACUCUUCCUCACCAUGGACGCUUCUCAGCUCAUACUCUGCCGCCGCCGCCGCCAAAGCUUCACUUCCUGAGAGGCAGGUUGCACUCAUUUCCUGCUGAACAUUUCAACGGAGAGUUGGCAAGGAAUUAGCAGUUUAGCAGGAAUAGCAGUUUAGGAUUGAGCCAAAGGUUUCUGUGUGACAAGGAUUUGCUGCUCUUAGUCAUUAUGGCUAAAAUAUAAUGUAUGCAGUUGUGGGGAGUUCUGGGAAGCGCAAUGCACUUGAAGGUGACUGCAUCUUAUCUUACAUUCUAAUCGAGACUAUCACUAACUAGAUACUUAGGAAUCCAUUUUAAAUACAAAUAUAAUGUUCUGUAGUUUCUUUAUGUCAGAGUUUGUAUUUUUGAUAUGUCGAUACAAGCGUAGCUCGUGUAAUAUAUCUGUUAUCACAGAUAAACAAAGGAGUCAAUGAAAGGGGCAAGAGCCUGCAAGCCAAAUAUGACUAGUAACUGUUACCUCUCUAGGAGGAAAAGAGUAGCGGGUUAUGGGAAGCACACUAAAUACCACAAUCAUCAUAGAUGUUUCACCUUUUCCAUUAUUGUCAUUGGUUGCUCUAUGGAUAUGUUUCUUUCAGUAGAGAAGGUGUAGAAGUAAAACCAAAAUGGGGCCUAUUAUGUAAAGAACUGAUCCAAAAUAGCCAUGAAGCCAAGUUAUAGAAAGGGUGUGUCUAAUACUAUAGUCUUGUGCAUCAUGUUCCAAGAGCUGGAUAGUUAAGUGCACAAAGUGCUGCACAGACUUUCAGUUGACUACAGUGUGACCAUAAAUAUAUAGAAACUGAUGGAACUGGGCUACUAAUAUGUGUGUGUGCCACAGUAUGUGCCAGUAUUGUUACAUAAUUGCUGUGAUGCUUCUAACAGUAUCUUACUAGUGGCAGCCUUGCAGACAAACAGGGGGAAAUGUACAGAUCUGGCAAAGGGUUUUAUGGCAUUGGCAGAAUAGUAUUUUUCUGUCUAGGUUAAGGUCAAGGUUAUAUAUAUGUUCAGCCCAUAGCUAUAUCUGUUUUUUUUUCUUUUUCUCUCCUGUGGGAAAAUGUGAUCACUCGUGAUUUUCCCUAUUUUUACAUGCUAAUGCUUUAACUGGAACACAAGGCAGGAAGGCAAUAAAGUCCAGGGUCAGACAGGCCCACUGGGGCCCUGCAAACUGACCCCAGCCACCACCACUCCCUGCUCCACUGUGCUGCUUACUUCUCUGUUACAAAAUAAAGAUGGCCAUGUGUUCCAUAGUGGAAUGCAUGACCAUCUUUAAUUUUUAACUGCUAAGUAAGAACCGAUGCAGAGUGGGGACUGGGGCUGAGGUGGAAGUGGGGAGUGGCAGGGGCUGGGUGGUACCCACCCUUAGGUGGCUGGGUAGUGGGCCCUUAAGUUGGGUAUCUGGUGGGCCCUAAGUACCCCAGUCUGACUGUGACAAAGCCUGUAAAGUAGAACAUUACAACAAUAUGGACCUCCCAUUACACCCAACUGAUUUGCAUUAAAAAUGUAUGUAAAUAAUGUCUAACUCCAAAAUUCCACAUACGGAUCAGAUUAUUUUUUAAUAUUUGUUGGGUCCCUGAUAAAUCUGCAGUUACUCCUAGGCUCUGUACCUUCAGGUAAUAAAGGGAGCAAUACCAAUGGCCAAUGAGAGCAUAACAAGAGUGUGCUACUAGGUGUAACAGCAAUCACACAAGUACCUGAAAGUCUGCAGUGGGGUAUUCCGAGGACAUGCUACUGUCCUAAAAUGUUUGAUCCUAUCCUGUUUGUCCAGAGCACCGCAAUAAACCUGGGAACACCCCACCAUGGGUAUUUGUGUUAUUACUUUUACACUAGGAAAUGGCUGCCCAACUUGGACACGAUAUGGUCCUCUCAAAAAUGCUGUGGCUCCCAGCCUGGCAGUGGUUUCUAUAUACAUAUGUCAUAUCCUUUUUAUGGCAGGGAUGUGCCAAAUCCAUAAUGUCCUUGUAUAUCUACAAGACACCAGUUACACACCAUGUAUGAAUAUGUACACACAUUAGAAUAAGAUAGGUAGGUAAGUAGCCGCCGGCAAUGGUUUCAGCUAAGUGAGCUUCAGAUUCCUGGCAACACAAACACGUGGGCAGCUCAGUACAGAGUGUAUGGGGCCUGCCUGGCAGUCUCAGUAUUUUGGGAGAAAGUGCUGAUGUGAAGCUAUAAAAAGAGGUGUUUCAUGCACAAUGGGAAUGAUUUUCCAGCUCUCUGAGAAAUAAGUCAGAGAUUUAAUGAGACAGGAAUGACCUGCACUUUUCAAGUUACUAUUUAAAGCAGAUUUACGAGGUUUAACUCUGGCUUAGCCUCAAGCAUGUAAUAUUUGUAUUUCUAGCAACAGUAACAGCGCAGGCAGAGCAAACGCAUUGUGUACGAACUGUUCACUGCUGUCCAGGAAGAACAGAAUAAGUACAUUCAGGCCAAUAGAUAAGCAUCUUUUCCUCCAGUAUCAUAAACAUUAUAUUUUGUGGGGGUUUCCUUGUCCUCUAAGGCACAGUGCUUCAGAGUACAGAAAGAUUAAUUUUCUGGGAAAACCUUGGGUCUCCAGCUUUCUGGAUAAUAGAUCCCAUACAUGUAAUUCCUUUUUAAUAUUGUAUUUCAGCCAGUGAGCAGUUGGAUGUUGUGCAGUUUGGUUAUAAAUGUGGAUAGCAAAAACCUAUUGUUUUGUUUAUUUGGCAUGGGGGUUAACCAGUCAGAUUACUACAAUGAUAGUGGCUCUGUUGUGUUUCAUUGGCCAUUUAACUUGUAAAUAUGCCAGCAGAGUAUCAGCCAAAAAUGCUUUCUGUUCUAGAAAUUGAUUGUGAUUGAGGGUUCAAUUAUUAAGUACCCCCCUGAUAUUGCAUGGACCAACUGGGUGAUCUUGUAUGACUAGAUCAGACCAUGGAUGAACAGUUUUGUUGGUGGGCACUGCAACCUGGAGUAAGGAAAGUGUCAUUUCUACUACAUGUCUAACUGCCCAGGCUUUUGGGGAUAGUUCUCCU